GUUCAAUAUAUCAGGCGCUCAGACUGCCGGGCCCGACAUGUUAUCAGAUGGCCCACUUGGGUUGUGUGUGUCCAAUUACCCCGAGCCGUUGACGCGUGUUGCCUUCCUUGCUAUCAUUCGCAAGCCAGGCAGCAUCUCUUCAGUCGUCAUUCUAGCCCCUCGAAGCACACACCCAAUAGCCUGAUAAAGAAAAAAGAUUGUUGUCCCAAACGAGCGAAUUCCCAGCAACCCGUCUGUGGUUGGCACAAUGAACGAGAUCCUCAACAAUGCUGUGUCACCACGGGCCGUGAUUGCCUUGUCGCGUGACAAGCCAAGGAUGCAACUUUGUUCACUAGGUGGUGAGUCAAUGUCAACCAGCCCUCUUAGCUGCAAGCCGCGGGCGUCGUUUUGCUCGUUUUGCUCGGAUUCACCAAUCGGGCGGAACGAAAUCUUGACGUCUCUUUUUUCGCGCACACCAAAACACCAGGGCGAAUGUCUCCGAGAACGCUCCUUGUGGGGGAGGAGUCACAACAGGCAAAAGCUGUGGGGGGGACACGUUUCACUUCCUUUCAGAGCCUUGUUGCGACUCUUGUCAUUUUGCUCGGCGAAUGUGCCACAACAAGACAGCUUCAGCAUCAGCUUGAGCGGCGCACUUGCUCAACCUCCCCAAUACGGGUCUUGGAACCGAUCCUGGAUGGAAGGAUCAGUCUACUGUAUUAUUACCUACCUUGGCUAUUCAGUGCUAAGGCAACCUGAAUGGUAUCUCGUAAAGGCACGCCAAAGCCGCGAGGGGCAAUAUCUAGUACACUAUUCAGCACCUAGUAAUAAUCUCCGCUUGCUCGGCGUGCCGCAUCCAUACUUCUGGUGCUCGAAUUGGUUGCCGCCCGCCGAGAAGUGGGGUGGCUUCUGGACGGAUGCCCGCCCGGUGCAACUCCGCAAGAACUCCGCAACCUGAUAUCCCCGGGCUCGGCCGAGGUCAGUGUAAAGGGGGUUCUUAACCCCGUUCAGAUGCCCGCCUGGGUUCGGAAUUUGGGAUAUCCUAGGGGGCUUCAGCAGGCUCUGCACGGUCCGCAUUUGGGUGAUGUGCCUGGGUGCGGAUACU